AUGAUCAAAUGGUUAUUUAUAUUAAUAUUUCUUCUAAAUACUUCAAUAUCAAUUACAUCAUGUCCAUCAGAUUGCUCCUGUACAUCAAAUUCAAUAAUAUGCACAUGUAAUGAACAUGGUUGGAGUUAUAAAAAUACUAAUUUUAAUGAUGAAAAUAAUGAAUCAUUUUAUAAUAAUCAUUUAAUUUUAUCAAAUUUUUCAAAUUAUUUAGAGUAUGUUGAUAAUGUUAUCAUUCAUUCAUGUUCUUUUGUUACCGUAUUAAAUGGUACAUUUUCAAAUUUAAAAGUUAAAGAUUCAAUCAAAUUUAUUGAUAUAAAAAAAUUGUCAUUUUCUUCAAAUUCUUUUAAAAAUAUUAAUAUAUCACCAAAACAAUUUAUCAUACAAAAUUCAUAUAUUUCUAUAUUACCAUCAUUUACCUUUACUGGAUUAGGUAAUUUAAAUCAUUUUUGGAUACGUAACACAACAAUAAAUAAAAUUCAAAAAUUAGCAUUUUCCGGAGUUACAGAAGUUGAUUAUUUAUACUUCCGACAGGUAGUAAUUAGUCACCUAGAACCAGGUUCAUUUGCCCAAAUGAUAAAUAUUAACAAAUUUUUUAUGAGAGAUCAAAUAUUAUUACCAUCAAUGAGUGAACAUUUAUUUAUAGGAAGUAAUUUUAAAGAAAUAAUUUUUGAAAAAGGAGAAAUAAUUGGAAAUGAAUUAUUUUUAAUGGGUGUAAGAAGUAAAAAAAUUACUAUUAAAGAAAUGAAAUUACAACUUAAAGGUGGAACAUUAAAAAGAAUACCAACACAAGAAGUUACAGAAUAUAAAAUGAUUAAUUGUACAAUUAAUAGAAUAUCACCAGCUUUAUUUUAUAAUUAUUCUAAAGUUGUUAUUAAUCAUUCAAAUAUUAAUAGUAUAAGGGGUAUACAAAAUAUUAUACCUUAUAAUAUUUCAUUAUUAUUAUUUAAUAAUUGUAAAAUUAAUCAAUUUCAAUCACAUAGUAUACAGGGAUCAAGAGAAUUUAAUGAAAUGAAAAUUGAUAAUUGUAAAAUUGAACAUUUUCAUACUAAAACAUUUCAUGAAUCAUUUAUAAAUUUAUUAACAAUUGAAAAUUCUUUAAUAACAAAUCUAGAAAAAGAUACUUUUAAUAAAAAUAAUAUUAAUUUAUUGACAAUAUUUAAUACAAAAAUAAAAGUUAUUGGUAAAGAAAUUUUUUAUCAAACAUCUAUGUCAUCAUUAACAAUAACAAAUUCUACUAUUGGAGAAUCUAUUGAAGGAGGAACAUUUGGUGAAAUAAAAGAAGUAUCUAAUUUUAUCAUUAAAUAUACAAUAAUAAAAGAACAGGAAAAAGAAAUAUUUAAAAAUUCAAAUAUUAAAAAUUUACAGGUACUUGAUAGUAUAUUUACUAGUACUUUUAAAAGAGAAUAUUUUGAUAAAUUAUUUACACAAAAUUUUAUUUUUUCAAAUAAUAUACUUCAUUGUGAUCCUAAUGAUUGUGAAGUUAAUGCUUUAUUUACAAAAAUUUUUCCACAUAAUUUGGAAUGGAGGAUAACUGAAAAUUCCUGUCAAUAUGAAAAUAAUAUUAGUAAACAACUUGUUAAAACUGUUAAUUAUUUUGAUGAUAAAAAAAAUUAUUAUUGUAAUAAACCAACAGAAUAUCAUCCCAUACAAGGUUUAAUUUGUCAAAGGCGUUGGUUAAUAGAUGAUUGUACCUGUGAUAAUGGAUAUGAAGAUAAUAAUAAUAAAUCAAAUGAAAUUAUUCAUACAUUCUCAUCAAAAGCUAAAUUUUUAUUAAUUGGUGAUUGUAAACAUCUGACACUCAUUGAUACACCAAAUUUUGAAUCACUUUAUGUUUAUUUUUAUAGAAUUGACCAUGGUAUUACUAUUGUAUCAGUCCCAAAAAGUAUAAGAAGAGUAUUUAUUCAUAAUUCAGAUUUACAAAUGUCACACUCAUAUGCUUUUAAAGAUAAUCAUUUAGAAAUAUUAUAUUUUAACAAUGUCUUUUUACCAACAAUAAAUGAAAAAGUUUUUUAUGACAUGAAUAUUGACAAAAUAAGUAUUAAAGAUUCAAACAUUAAUCAAAUAGGAAAGGGUGCAUUUAAAAGUUCAAUAAUCAAAAGUAUUGAUAUCAAAAAUUCAAAUAUUCGUGAGAGUGGUAAUUUACUAGACUCUUCAGGAUAUAUUCAUAUUGAAAAUAGUAAUUUAGCAAAGACCCCUGACAACAAACCUAAUCAUAUACCAUCACUAUCAACAAUAUCAUUAAAAAGAGAUAGUAGUAAAUUAGGAAUAUCAUAUUCACCAAUAUAUCCAUCAAAUAUUAUUGUUGAAAAAUGCCUUUUAAUAGAUACAAAUGUUGAAGGUAACUGUAACUAUUAUAUAAAAACAUUAUCUUGUACUUUUGAAAAAAAUUCUAAAUGUCAUGAGAGAGAUGAUAAUGAUAUACAAAAUAUAUAUAAUCUUCAAGAAUCAUCUUCAGGAAAUUGUAAAAUAAUAUUUUCUUUUCUUAUUUACUUUAUUUAUUUAUUUUUAUUUUUUCUUAACUUUUAA